CACGAGGCGGAUGGACGCGAAGAGGCUUCGUCAAAGCAACGGAAGCCACCCCGGAAGCACAAAAUGCUCGAUUUUCAAGUGAAAAACAUUCCCGCCAGAGGAAAUGUGUGUACACUACGUUCAAACGAAAAUCAAGCCAAAUUAGUCGAUUGAACGUGUUAGGGUUACAAAAUUUGAAUUUCAGGACCAUGGUAGGAUGUCAAGUCUGAAAGUCCUCAAAGCGGAAGUGUGGCUCCGUUGGCGGGCGCUUGACUUGGAUUCAGUCCGCGAGGACAGCGUGAGGAGGCGGCAGCAGGUAAAGGUGAGAAGAAGCAACAAGAGAGAAGAAAGGAUGGACGGAAGGAGCGAGUCGGACAAGAGGAGGAUGUUGAUGUCUUCGUGCGGGAGCUUGUACGACAGCAACAGCCUGCUCUUGCAGUACUGCAACAACAACGACGACACCAUGUCGGCGGGCAGCAACAUGGACAUGGAGGACCGCGUGUCUCACCUCGAGCAGCGGCUUCAGCUUCAGGAGGACGACAUCCAGCUCCUCAAGGCGGCUCUGGCCGACGCCCUGCGCCGCCUGGGCUCCUGCGAGGAACGGAGUCUAACCUCACAGCGGCCGGGGGGCGCCCACGCCACCGGGAGGAGUUCUCUGCGUGGCGCAGCCCCGCCCGCCAAGGUCCAUCAGCUACUUCAGACGCUUCCUUCGAGGCCCCUGAGCAACGGAUACGUACAACACAAACGCCUCCUCUCGUCACCGUCCUCGCCCAAGAAGGACGUGCUGCGCUCCAUCAAGAGGAAGAGCAUGUCCACAGAGCGCCUCACGGUGGUCAGGAGGGAAGCGGCGGCGGCGGCCGAGAGUCGGAGUCGAACAACUUCGUCCGGCAGCUCCACAGGUGGAAAAAGUAAAUCUAAAGAAUGCACCUUCAAUACAGAGGAUGGCUACGUGAGGAUGUUUCUGCGCGGCCGUCCUGUCACCAUGCACGUGCCCGACCAGCAGAGGGACAGCUACAGCCUGGACCAUAAGGGGGCGCUACCGAGCCGCAAGCUCAAGCUGGAGUGGGUCUACGGCUACCGCGGGCGCGACUGCCGCUCCAACUUGUACCUUCUGCCCACCGGAGAGAUCGUCUACUUUAACGCCUCCGUGGUGGUCUUGUACAACACUGACGAGCAGCAGCAGAGACACUACCUGGGACACAAUGAUGACGUCAAGUGCUUAAGUGUGCAUCCUGACAUGGUUACCAUAGCAACAGGGCAAGUGGCGGGAAAUACUAAAGAUGGAAAGCUACUAGCGCCUCAUGUCCGCGUGUGGGACUCUGUGAGCCUGAACACGCUUCACGUGCUCGGCAUUGGCGUGUUCGACCGAGCUGUCACCUGUGUGUCCUUCUCGAAGUCGAAUGGCGGCAGCUUCCUGUGCGCUGUGGAUGACGCCAACGACCACAUUCUGUCAGUGUGGCACUGGCAGAAGGAGAAGCAACUGGCUGACGUCAAGUGCUCCAGUGACUCUGUGCUGGGGGCCGUCUUCCACCCGAUGGACGCUAACCUGAUCGUGACCUGUGGAAAGUCGCACAUCAACUUCUGGAACCUGGAGGGAAGCACGCUGACCAAGAGACAAGGACUCUUUGAGAAACACGAGAAGCCCAAGUACGUGUUGUGCACGGCGUUCGCCGAGAACGGAGAUGCCAUCACCGGAGACUCGAGUGGAAACAUCUACGUGUGGGCCAAAGGCGGAAAUCGCAUCAGCCAGGUGUUGCCGGGGGCCCACGAAGGCGGCAUUUUCUCCAUCUGUGUCCUGAAGGACGGCACCAUGGUGUCAGGAGGAGGGAAGGACCGCAAGGUGGUGCUGUGGGACCGCGAAUACCGCAGGCUGGCGGACAUGGAGGUGGGUGACACGUUUGGACCUGUUCGGGCCAUCGCGGAAGGCAAGGGGGGCGAACUCUUCAUAGGGACCACCAAAAACGCCAUUCUCAAAGCAGCCUUCCCUGACACACUGAUGCCCAUCGUACAGGGUCACACGGACGAGCUUUGGGGUCUGGCUGUGCAUUCGCGUCUGGAUCAGUUUGUCACCUGCUGCCAGGACAAACUGGUUCACCUGUGGGACACAAACACCCACCAGCCCAUCUGGACCAAAAGCAUUGAGGAUCCUGGAAGGUGUGUGGGUUUUCAUCCAAACGGAGAAGUUCUGGUGGUCGGCACCAUGACUGGAAGAUGGUUAGUGUUGGACACAGACACCCGUGACCUUGUGUCUAUGCACGCAGACGGCAACGAGAUCAUCUCCAACGUCAAAUAUUCUCCAGACGGCAACUUCCUGGCGGUGUCUUCUCACGACAACUUCGUUUACAUCUACGCUGUGACUGAGAACGGACGCAAGUACAACCGCAUGGGAAAAUGUAGCGGUCACUCGAGCUUCGUGACGCACGUGGACUGGUCCGCCGACAGCCGCUACCUGGUCACCAACUCGGGAGACUAUGAGAUCCUCUUCUGGGAGGCGCCCAGCGGCAAGCACGUGACCAGCGUGGACGCCGUGCGAAACCUCACCUGGGCCACGUCCACCUGUACACUCAGCUUCAACACCUUUGGCAUUUGGCCGGACGGCGCCGACGGCACCGACAUCAACGGCGUGUGCCGGUCACACGACGGCUCGCUGCUGGCGUCGGCCGACGACUUUGGCAAAGUGCACCUGCUGUCGUACCCCUGCUCCCAGCCCAGGGCGUCGGGCCACGAGUACGGCGGCCACAGCAGUCACGUGACCGGCGUGGCCUUCCUGCACGACGACGGCCGCCUCAUCUCCACCGGAGGAAAGGACGCCAGCGUCCUGCAGUGGCUGGUCGCCUAGGUAACGACCUCCUGUCCACCGGGGGCGGCGCCCUCCUCUUUCACUACGCGCCCGUUGACACGCGCGUACGCUGGAAGAAAUGAAUGUUUACUAUGGUGCAUUAACUCGUUUGGCGUUUAAAAGCAGGAUGUGAAAUGUAACAACAAAUAUUAGCAUUAGCCCACUAACCGUGCCUGGAUGACUUUUAUUAUGUUCAAAAUCCUCAAGCGGACUUUGCUUGUUAGAAUUGUUGGCUGUGAUGGGCUCCUUUUAGAACAUUGUAGAUGCUAAUAAUGCUAAUGCUAAAGUGCUGUUGGAGGCUGAAUCUUGCAGAUGUCACACGCACACAAACGCGAAUGUAAACAACAACAAAAAGUGCGUCAUGUCCCUUUAAGAGCAGCCCGGUUGCCUUGUCACGCGUCGCCGUGGAGAUCUGCUUUUUUCUUCUCCGACUCCUUCUUCCUCUCAUCCUUCUUUUUCUUCUCCUCCUCCCACUGCACUUCUACCCCCUCCUUCUCUUCCUUCUCAUCCUUCCCCUUUUCUUUUCCUUCUUUUCUUUCUUGUUCUACCUCCUCUGCUUCCUUGUCUUCCUUCUCCUUUUCCUCAGUCCUUCUACUUUUCCUCCUCCUUCACCUCUUCCUUUUCUUUUUCCUCCAGUUUCUUCUACUCUUCCUUCUCCUCCUCGUGGUUCUGCCAUCUCCUCUUCCUGGUGGAGGAGGGGGAGGUACAGAAGGAGGAUAAGAGACCGGCAGAGAAAGGGAAGAUGGCAGAGAUGAAGGAGAGGAAGGAGGAUUAAGAGGACAGAAUAAAAAGGAAGAGAUGAAAGAGGAGUAGCAAGAGAUGGAGGAGUAAGAGAUUUGAAAAGGAGGAGAAAGAAAAAGUGGGUAAGGUGGAAGAGGAGAGGGAGUAAGAGGACGGAGAAGAACGAAGAGUAGUAGAAGGAAGUGAAGGAAUAGUAAAAUGGAGGAGGAAGAGGUGAAGCUUCUUCCUCCACUUCCUCCUCCUUCCCCUUCCUAAAGGAGGAAGAAGAGGAGGUCGAAGUAGCGGAAGAGAAGGUGAAGAAAGAGGAUGAGGAACGAGGUGGAAGAGGUGGCGAAAAGGGAGGAGGAGGCGGUGGAAGAGGAAGAGAAACGUCACCACUUCCUCUUUCUCCUCCGUCUCUUACCCUCUUCCUUCAUCUCCACCUCCUCCUCCCCUCGGUCUCUUCGAUCUUUUCUGAGCCGCGGCUGGCCAAAGCGCAAGAUGCGCACCGGGCGGCGCUACGGCGCAACAAGUGCAUGAGCAAGUCGCUUGGAAGAGGUCACUAGAGUUCAUAUAUGCGCUAUAUCCAAACAUAUCGGAAUAUAUGUGCAAUUCCGUACAUCCGAGUGGCCGUGCUGUUUUAAAAUCGACGCGUGUAAUGUAUAGUUUGCGGGAUUUGUGCGGUGUGGGCGUGUCACAUGAUUGACAGGCAGCUUAACUGUUCGUUUGGCCUUUCGGUUUGUUAAUAAAGUUUUUACCCAACUAUGAA